AUGGCGAGCACACAGCCCAUCGAUGCCAGAGGGGACAAGCUCUACACCGUCCUCCACGCCGUGAAUCUCCGGACGAGGAUGGAGCCGCCAAUAUCAGGGCACCACUUCGGCAACAUCAGUAGGAUAGCGAUUGCAGUGCCGACCAAGGACGCGGGCACCGACGGAGGCUACGAGAUAGUCCACCAGGUGAGGGAAGCAAUCAGGCAGGUGGAUAGGCAGUACAUAGCGAAGCUCCAGGACGGGGAGGGGUACCUGAACUGGCUGAAGGAGCGGUCUGCGAGGAUCUCGCAGGGCGAGGUGGUGUCGUUCAGUUUCACGAGCAUGUGCCGGUUCCCGAUCUAUGAGGCAGACUUCGGGUGGGGAAAGCCCGCCUGGGUCGGCUCGGCGAGCCUCACUUUCAAGAACCUGAUCGUCUUCGUGGACACCAAGUCCGGCGACGGCAUUGAGGCCUGGGUCCACCUCAAGGAGGACGACAUGGCCAAGUUUGAGCAGGAUAAGGAGUUGCUUGCGCUGGUUUCGCCUUCCGUGAGCGUCAAAAGCUAA